CAGAUUUAUUUCAGUUGAUACAACAAUACAUAUUUCUGCCAAAAGUGAUUAAUUGUUUUGUUAUUUCUGAGUCCUGAGACAGUAUGUCUCAUGAGCUAAAAGUUUAUUUGUCUGUUGGCAAUUCCAGACUUUCACACUUAUAAGGAAAAGUGUUUCACAAGCUUACCCCAGGAAGUUUAACUAUGACUAGUACAAACAAGACAAGUUGUCUGAAAAUUACUUUCUUAUGACUUUCAAAUUAAGGAUAAUUCUAAACACAAAGCUGGUAGUUGGUAAUUAAUUGUGGCACACAUCAACAAUGGAACAUGCAUUUAGAUUGAUCAUAAUAAUAACCUGUCUGAGAUACAUGGAUGGUCUGUUAUGUCCAACUGGAUAUAGAUUAUCCAGAGAAACACUAGUUGUGGAUUCUGUGAACUUGACAUGGUCUGAGGCUGCAAUGGAAUGUAGCAGUAGAAAUGGAACGAUCAUCAAAGUGAUGGACAAUAAGUCUAAGCAGAUUGUUAAAGAUACAAUGGAGAAAUACUCACUGGGCAAGGCCUGGGUGGGAUAUACUGGAGAUAUUGAGAAAAUGUUCGAUCAAGAUACAAGAGAACCUUACUUCAUCAUGAAGAAUGUCUUAGAUAAACAGUUUUAUGCUUCUUCAUAUAAACAAUAUGCAAAACGUGCUAAAAUUGAUAGUAAAAGUGCAUGGACACCUCAACACAUAAGACUUUGUCAAUGGGUCCAGAUUGAUCUCAAGAAAACAAUGUGUAUUCAUGGUAUUGUUACAAAAGGACGAAAAGAUGCAUCUCAGUGGACAAAGGUUUACAAACUACAUUACAGAAAAGAUACUGACACAAACUUCCUUACACUUCAAAAUGAUGGAAGAGAAGAACUGAUUGCUAAUACAGACAGCAAUACACCGGUUUAUAGAAAUUUCACAAAGCCAUUCAAUGCACAGAUCAUACGUCUAUACCCACAAAAAUGGGAAAAAGCUGGAGCAGUAAGAUUUGACCUCUUGGUAUCAGAUAAUAGUUGCCCAACUGACUUUACUUGUGGAAAAUGUCCAGCUAUUGUGACCACAACUACAGGCAAUGUGACAAUCCAAUAUGAGUCAUGCUGCUCCAAAUUACCAUACAUCUGUGAGACAGAGACAUGUGACCAAGACAAGAAAGAAUCUUCGACUGCUGCAACUGUCACUAGUGAUAACAAUCCAGGUGCCAGAAAUGGAAUCCAUUCUCCUUCAAAUUCUAUCACAACUGGACUCAUCAUUGGAUUAGUUUUCUUCAUUAUUGUCUCAGUUAUCCUACUGAUUCUGCUAAUCUUUUUAAAUCGUAACUUCAGAAACCUGGCAAACACAGCAAAACCAAAGGACACUGAUAAUCAUGAAAGAGAAAUAAAAAAGCAAAGUGUGGCAAUGGUUACUCCAAACUUACACCUGAAGACUGGACAGGUGAAGGAUUUAUAUUCUCAAGUUGAUGUUAAAACAAAAUGUCCAAAAUCAGGGAUGAUUUAUACAAAUACAGAAACAUACGAUACCAUAUUUGAUACUACACAAGAUGCUAAAGAUAAAGCUACAUAUGAAGAUGUAGCAACAGAUGAUAUAACAGAUACUGAACUGUAUCAUACUCCAACAGACGUGGAUGUGAACAGUGUUGAGCAGAAAGAGGAUCAUAUUGAAAUUCCAGAUGGAAUUGAAAUGUUUAAUAAUGAACUAUAUUCAGAUGCUUAGGUACAAGUGUCUUAAUUUUUAGCAGUCCGUGUCAUUUCUCUAGAUUUUAACCUACAAAGUGUACAUAUAUCUACUAUUUCUCAAUAACAUGUGUUUUGGACAAGUUUACAAGAAACAAGAGAAAGGCAAAUUUUAUGAGUACACUUGACAGCAGAUUCUUAAGAAUGUAUUACAACAGUUCAGCAUUUAUUUUUCUAAGCAUCACAUUUAUAUCUUUGCAGCUUUUAUGCUUUAUCCCUUUAACAUAUGUCAGGAUCCUCAAAAUAAACAUUUACUGUUAUUAUUUCCUUUCCCAUUCUGAUUUAUCAGUCUCAAUGUUCCUUUCCAUGUUUAACCAGAAUUCCAGGAGCAGAACUAUGACAUUUUCACUCUGUUUUGUAAGAUGUAGGCAUUUUUAUUUGCUAUAUAAACCAGUUUCAGUAUCUCUGAUCUUUAGUUCUACCUGUCAUUUAGCCGAUUAAAACACACAUCAUAUUGUAAAGCUUAAGAGAAUGUUCCUUUCUGAAUGAUUUAUGAAUAUUUUUGAUAGGUCAACAAAUAUUUAAGAUAUAGUUCUCUUGUAUUAAUUGCCUAGAUAAAUGAACAAACAUUUGGCAAGAUUUAUAAAUCAAAUGUUUUCUGAUUGUACUUGAAUAACCAAUGUGUGAAAUGAUAUCUGUAACAAUAUGGCAUAUACUUGUGCCAUACCAUGAAUAUCCUUCCCUACAAGAGUACCCCUCCCCUUUUUGUUAGUUAAUAUUAUAUGGUAUAUUCUACAUAUAUCAAAAUAUAUUGUACAAAUGUCCAUUUUUUCUAUAAAACCCUUUAGGGGUUAUUCAAAAUAUAUAUUGUCAUCAGCAUGUCAUAUUCUUAUCUAUCUGUGUUUUGCACAACCAGAGAAUAAAGCCAGU